UCCUCUCAGAGCUUUCUGUAUAAUGAAACUGUUCCAGUAGUUCCAUGAUACACAGAUCAUACUGCCGGCUCACUGGGAUUUAUCUCAAACCGAGGGGUCCGGAAACUGUGCUAAUGUCUCCUGCAUGGAUAAUACAACCAAUAUGAAGCGUCCAAAGAGCCCUGACUGGCUGGACAGCAGCCCUCCUCCCAAGAGUCAGGAGGGACAGGUGGAGGAAGAAGAAGAGGAAGAUGAAGAGGAGAGGAGGUUGCACAGGGCCAAACGAGAGCGACGUCAAGGCAGCAGCAGUGCCACUAUAUGCCAGGUGUGCAACAUACAGCUGAACUCUAGUGCCCAGGCCCAGAUCCACUACCGAGGGAAGACUCACCAGAGGAGGCUGCGCCGACUGGCAAAAGCUGUCAGCACAGGUGCCCUCUCCCAGAGCCAGGUCCACCCACUCUUGGGCUCCCUGUCUCUGCCAGGUCGACCCCUCCAGCCGCAGACUCAUGCCCAGCUGGAGCACUUCCUGCCGCUCAGGGUCAACAGCUCCUCGCCGCUCAGCCUCUUCCCCAAUUUCAGCACGAUGGACCCAGUGCAGAAGGCUGUGAUCAACCACACCUUUGGCGUGGCUCCACCCAAGAAGAAACCCAUCAUCUCCUGUAACAUCUGUCACCUGCGCUUCAACUCCACUACCCAGGCGGAAGCCCACUACAAAGGUCACAAACAUGCUCGCAAGCUGAAGGCCUUGGAGACCCAGAGGAACCGGCAGAAGAACGGACACAGUCCAUCCACAACAGGAAAAGACGGAGAGCGAGGGAGGGGGGUGAUGGGAGGAGGAACGGUGUCCACAGUCUCACAUUUGAAAGACAUAACAGGCCCAAGUACUUCUUCCCAACCUGCACAGCAGCAACCAGAAAGCAGCCAGGAAUGCUCGCUGGCACACACUCUGUCCUCACAGCCUUCAUCCACAGACUCCUCCUCACUUCGCUCUCCUCAGCUGUCCCCACUAAUCUCCCCUGGCUCUCAGCUUUCCGAUAUACCUUCAGACAGUCCAACGGUGGAAGGGUGCAGCCCGGCCACCGGUUCAGCCCCACACUCUGACCCUCAGGGGAGCUCCACGGGAGGUGAGGAGAAGGAGGUGGUGAAGGUGGAAGAGGUUAAAGAGGCCAAGAGCAACAAAAAAACUCUUCAAUGUCCUACGUGCAAAGUGACGGUCAAUUCCAGCUCCCAGUUGGAGGCUCACUGUAGUGGCUCAAAGCACAAACAGAUGAUUGAUGGUCACAACAGCAGCCAGUCACAACGCAGGGUCAAGAUGACAUCAUCGCCCAGGCCAACCAGCCGAAUUAAGCAGCGAAUGAGCAGCAAGACCAGAGCGGUUAUGGGUGUAUCUAGCCAGCCCUUUCACUGUGAAAUGUGUCGGGUGUCUGUCAACUCAGAGACACAGCUGAAGCAGCACAUGAGCAGCAGGAGACACAAAGAGCGUUUGGCUGGGAAGCCUGUCAAGGCCAAGUUCACCCCCUAUAAUAAACUACAGCCCAGUGCUAUCUUAGCGACUAAACUGGCCCUGCACAAGCAGCUAUCUAAGGCCCUGCCGGCAGGGUUCCUGACCAGCCCCCUCAAUCAAGCUGCCUUGUGCACCAUGGCAUCUGGACCCUUGGCACUACGGCUGCCGCCGGGUCCCACAGCCUUCAUCCAUGGUCCCCUGAUCAGCCCCACACUCUUCAGGCCUGCCCCAGGACCUAUGAGGGCUACACAUGCUCCUAUUAUCUUCUCUCCUUAUUAGCAAUGAGCCAGGCUAGGCUGGAGGACUUACAGUAGAGUGGACAUAAACUAGCCAAAGCUGGACUAGCAGAAAAGUUUAGCUUGGUCAGUAAGGACAAAGCACGGGACCCCCUGAAGGACAUUAGGACACUAUGCAGCGACCACGAUGGCAGCAUAUAAACAUGUCAAAUUUGGCAGUUUCAAGUCGUAACAACAGUAUGCACAAUCCCCUGGUGUACUCUAGAUUGAGAUUUCAGUGCUGACUGACCAGUGUCUUCACCCCUUUAAAAAUGGAAGGACCAUCGCUCAGCUGUUUCCCCUCAACAAACUGUUGAGUGCAUGUUACCUGGGUCUGGACCCCUCUGGAAGCCAUAAUGACAAGCAUCUUUUAGUUUUAUUUAAAAGACAAUUAUAUAAUACACUAUGGGUGUGUAAAUGUUACUAAGUGUUUGUUGCCAAAAUGCUUUCAAUUUCAGAUUUUUCUAGUUGUACUCUGGGAGAACAAGUACAAUACUUAAUUCCUGCUUCAGUCUUUAUAACCAAGAUCAAGAAAGUCCAGAUUGUGUUAAUCUCCCAUGAAAGUGGCUAUUUUCAUAUAUAACCGCCCUCCACCAAUGAAAAGACAAAGGAGACCCAUAACUUUGGAUUGCUAAGGAUAGUUUAUCUCAUCAAAUGUAUAUCUUUACAACCGUUGUCUUAUGUGGAUGCAUUUUCGUUAAAUAAUUUAUUUAAGAUAAAUACAUACAUUCAUUUUUCUCUACAUUCAUUUCUCUGUGUAUGUGUUUCUCUUUUGCUCUCUGUGUUAUGAAGUGACAAUCAAUCACCAUCCUGAUAUGAUGCCAAGAAUACUCGCCAUAUGGAGACAGACUACAGCUAAUGCAUACAGUGUGAUAGUUUCAUUUAAAGUUAUAAAAUUGAAAACUUGUGUUGAUAAAUAAGUUUGUGGAAGAUGAAGAGACAGGCUGAUGUGUGCUGUUCCCCGAAAUUAUAUAUUAUGAUUUAUCCACAAGUAUUUAAAUGUAUUUGACGUCUUUAUUCAAUUUUUUUCAUAUAGCUUAAUAAAAAAAAACUUUCUUUCACUUUAGAAAACCACUCCGACCUGAUAGUGCUGAAUCAUCCUAAGCAAUAUGUAUUUUUGAAGUGUCACCUGGUAAAAUUAA